AUGGCUGUCAUCUUGUCAACUCAGCAACUGACAGUUUCCAAACCUACGAUCCUCCUAGGCUCCUGCACUUGCAAAGCAAGAGGCAUCCGUCCCCCUCCCCCUGACACCAGGGAACCUCCAUAUGCCACUCCACCUCCUUCUACCCUCAACUCCACCUCAAUAACUCAGCUACGCCUCUCAGGCAUCACGUCCAAUGUGGCCAGUUUUUUCAAGCCACAGUGCUGUACUUCUUGUGACCUCUUAUUUACCCGGAAAGAUGACUUGGAUGGCAUGGAGCUCCGUGAUUACUUAAAGGAAGCACCAGAAGGCAUUCAAGAUCUGAUGAAGCAGUUCAAGGAUCGCCACUGUGAGUUCAACAAUAAGGCGACAGGGGCUGAGCAGGAGGAUCAAAGGACACAACUGCUGGACCUGGUCCAGCGCAUAGUGAAGCAGAACAAGGGAGGAUUCUACACUAACAAGAUUUACCAAAGAGCAGAGGUGGAGAUUCAGAAACAGAUUCAAGCUAUACAAGAAAACUACAGAGCUCGGCUGAAGAAAGAGAAAAGGCAGUUAAAAGAGGAGUAUGAAGAGAAAAUCAGAAAGCUAGAGGUUACAUUAGAGCAGGAAAUGAAAAAGGCAGAAAUGGAGAGGGAAUUUGAAGAAAGGGAGAAAUACUAUUUGUUCAUGCAGCAAAAUGCUAGAGGUGAAGUUGAGAGUCAGAAAGGGAUGCUUGAUUUAAUCUUGAAAGGAUUAAGAGUAAUCUGGAGAGAAAUCUCAUCUCUGUUCAAGGAAGAUUAGGCUAAUGAAAAUCUGUCUAAAUUUCCUGUAUGUUUUCAGGUGCGUCUGCCCCAUAUAACUAAUUCCCUAAAGUCAGAACUCUGUUUCUGUCUCUCAGGCUCUCAGACUGGGGCGUGUAGUAAACUUCAGUCAUAGAAAUUGGGUUACUUUUGGUUGAGGUAAGAGGGAAGGAAAACAUCCUCAAUUUGUAAAACUCCAAAGCAGAAAGUAUGGAUGCUCCCUAUCUUCUGAACUCUCAAAGACAGAGAGAAAAUGAAUGCAGGAGAUCAAAAGACCAUGACCCCAUGCAUUCUCUAUCCUUAGUAAAGUUUCCUCCUCUAGAUUGGCACAUAAUCUCCACCCGUGGCUCCUACUCCUUAUUUUUAUCUUUAGGAUCACAAUGCUCAUUUUACAGAUG